UCCUCCCCAUAGGAGUGAUAGAUAGGUUGUGAUUCUUAGUGAAACUAAUCAAUUUUGAACAGACUGCAGAUUUCUCUUUUCGAUGGAGCGUGAUGACGACCCAAUAAGAAUUCUGCGGGACGGCGAGGAAAAGGCGAUAUUUUUACCAGGUGGAGACUGUUAUAUUAAUGCGUCAACUUCAGAGUACCUGGACUUUGGAAAAUGGCGUCCAGUCGAUGACAUGAGUGCGUUGAACAAAUUAAGUUUACACAAGGGGUCCACGGACAGUUACAGUUUAAAGGUUGGCGGUUCGAAUUUCUCUACUUUCCUCAACGGCCGUGUUAUAAAACUUGGUUUGACGUGUCUUCCGCCUGUUGGGAAACCAUGUUUGUUGUUUAAGCUUAGAGGAUCCGAAAGGUGUUCAUUUUUUGAGACACAUUCCACACCAACACAAGCAGUGUAUGCCUCUCCAUUCAAGCCACCUGAAACUCAUGAUGACCUCUUACCAGUGGAAUUCUAUUUAUAUACACCAACUCAAAGUGUCAGCCCUACGUCCAUAGUAUCAGCUGUUGCUAAGGAAAAGCACUCAUUUAAACCGAGCCAAACUAUACCCCUCUCCGCCAUACCUGCUCUCGAAGAAGUUGCUCCACUCUCUGUCAAUGGAAUGCCUUUGAUUACUUCUUUUCGCAAAACUGUACUCUCGCCGAAACUAACUUCUCAUACAGUUGACUUUUCUUCUUCUCCAUUUGUCGACGAGAGGGUUGAGUCUCGACGAAUGAUUUCAAUUUCUAAAACGGAGACGAUUAAGAUGAUUUCUGCACCUAAAUCAAUUUUUGACGCAAGUGACAGUACUGGAAUGAAUGGUGUACCAAUUCUGCGUAGCAAAAAAAAGAAAAAAUCGACCCCAAGUCAUCGUAGUCGCACCAUCGACUCCAUCAUAGUGACAGCUGUGAUCCCGGGAACCCUUGCGGGGUUAUUCGUCAUUCUUGUCUCGGUUCUGCUGUUGUUUCUUGCUCGUCGGAUGGGUCAUUUAGUACGUGUUGCAGCCGAGAGAGACGAAAAUGCGGAAGAAGAAGUUCAGCCGUCCAUUAGCGAGGUAAGCUGGUUGUGUCUUAAAGUAUUUUCUAUUUAUUGGUUACCUAUUAAAAACUUUCACUGUUUCAGUGACAGUGGUACUUGUACGAUGUUGGUCCGGCUACUUCUGAGUUAUUUAUUAUUAUUAUUAUUUAUUUUUAUUUUUUACCAGGUAUUUAAAUUAACCUUAGCUAAGGACCCCUUAACUGAUCCAUUAUAAGCAAACUGCAUGAAGCGCAGUAUCGAAAAAGCGCAAGUAAGCAAGUCACGGUUGGUUUUGGUUUUGCGACUGAGCGUGUUUUUUGUCUCAAUACCUAAGUGAGGCAAAACAAAUCCAAUGUUGUCUUGGGUUACUUUAAGCGCUCGAUUGAAAGUUGAUCUGUUUACUUAUUCACGCCGCGGAAUUACUCAAUGCCCUUGAGGUGCGCAGGUCUGAGGUAGCCACUUACUUAGUACUCGGUUGCCACUUUUUCAGGAUCAUACCAUUCAUGGGAGUGAAGAAAAUCUCUCGGCGGAAAAUUUCUCUGUUUACGAGUUGGCAGAAAUGGGAAGUUCGUCAAGUGU